AUGCCAAUAGAACCCAAAUCCUCCCGCCCAAUCCCACCAGGCAUGGCAAACAACACACACUGGAACACCUCCCCCUUCGCCUUCCCCCCAAACACCAACGUCCUCGACUCGCACGCCAUGCCCUCAGAAGCAGCCGCACGAGCACGUCUAGCAGGCAACGCAUACAUUGAUGCAUCCAAGAAUCGCGAUCGCGAGGAACCCUAUCAAAUUAUCGGUCCGGCUCCCACGAGCAAGUCCGGACAGAUCUUUCCACUGCAGUCUUGGGUUGAUAAACUCACGGGGAAGAAUUCUAAGAAGGAUGAGGCUGCUGAAGGGCAGGUUCUUGAUGGGCAGAGUGUAAGUGGCGAGAGUGUGGUGAAGGAAAGUAAGGGGAAAUCUGAUGAGGGUGGUGGACGAUGA